AUGCCCUUGAGCGCCUUGUUGAGUCGCUGGAUCUUCCGGCGCUCCUAUAGCUUUCUGGAGUGGAUCGCCCUCACGGUCUUGAUGCUGAGCGCCAGCGCCUUUGUACUCCUGCAGAACUCGGCAUCAGGGAGCCAGACGGAGAGCAUUUUUAAUACCGGAAUCAGCUACGUCCUGCUCUCCGUGGUGAUGUCCUGUUUGGCCUCCAUGCUCUCCGAGAAGAUCAUGAAGGCCGGCAACAGCCACUUCUACAUUCAGAAGGUAAAUCUGGAUGUGGGAAGCUUUUUCACAUCGAUCAUCAUGCUUUGGGUCUGCGGUGCAACCAGCAAGCGCGACCAAGACGCCUUCUGGAAGCAACGCCCUGUGGAUGGCAGGAUGGAGUCUGGAAUUUUUGUGGCCUGGAAUUGGCAGAUGAUUAUUGUGCUGGUGGUGACGCUGUUGCAGAACUGGCUGGCAGGAUUCGUCGCAAAGCGCUUGUCCACGGUGAUCCGAUCGAGCGCCCAACAGCUCUCGCUGCUGAUCGUCUACUUCGUCGGGGAUCUCUUGCUGAACCAAAAGCCCUUUGAUUGGCCGGUCGGCACGACGGCCUUGGUGAUCGCGCUCUCAGUGCAGGUCUUUGUCUUCGCAGGUCGAGUGGAAUUCACUCGCCACACGCGUCGACGCAUGAGACGCAACCAGUACUUCUGCCAGGGUGGUGUGAAGACCCGUUUGGCGCGGCUGGGCUUCGAGCAUGUGCACAACGAGAAUGAGGACUUCUACCAAAUCUGCAAGCAGAGAGUCCCCAGCUUCGAUGUGCUGGUCACGAAUCCGCCCUUCUCGGCGGAUGAGCACUUCAGCUUCGUCCUGGACUUUGCCCUUCAGAGUGGGAAGCCUUGGAUGAUGAUUCUGCCGGUGCAUCUCAUCUUCCGAAACACCUUCGUCCACGCAACGCAGCAGUUGCAAUGGAGGCCCUUCUUUUUGGCUCCUCAGAAGAAGUACAACUUCAAGACGCCCGCGCCCUUGCCACCGCCGCCCACGGAGUUUCGACCCAAGGCGCGCAGCCGAAGUCGCUUGACCCACACCUUGUGGGUGGUCCAUGGCAGGAAGCACCCAGCACUGGCCCAGUGGUGUGGAUGGGGAGGAGAUGACGAUGCUGAUGUGUAUGCGGCCCCAAAUAUCAGAAGAAGACUUUGGAAAGAUACAACUGUUUUGGGAUGUGGGCUUGAAAUUGUUGUUUUCCUGAUUUCGGCAAGCAAGCCUGUACUCUGGUACAGGAGGUUUUGGUUUCGCAGCACUUCCACUCGUUCAAUUCGAUAA